GUGAGGGACUGGGGAGUGCUGUGUGAAAAGAGUGCAGGCCAGCGCGCAAGACAAAAGAGAGUGCGUUCAAUGUGCCGCUGCUGUGUCCGUCUUCGAAGCCUCAAGAAAACUGUCUCCUUCUGCUCUGGCCUGUUCUUUCCACACAACCCACACGGACAGGACAGGGCUACCCGAUCUGCUGAAAGCGCCAAGUUAUACGGACUUGGGCGCGGUAAAAGCGGAGGAAACAAGCUAGCUUCGCCUCCUCUACCCGGCUGGUUUCCCCAACCUCGCCUACAACUACGCGGUGCGCUGUAGUGUGGUGCGGUGUGCGCUUGGAGAUACAACCCAGGACAAAGGAGUCUUGAAGCAAGGAAUGAGCGAGUCGAGACUAGCUUUGGCUUUACCUUUGAAAACAGGCCAAAUGCCUCUCUGAAGGCAACAAUAGUGAUUCCACAGCUCGCAUUUCUCGACGAAGCAAAGGAGGGCAAGAAGAAGGACAAAAAAAAAACACACAGGGAGGCACACACAUCGGCUGCUAAAAUGUUUCCUCAAAACCGACCACCGGCACCUCUACAGCCACCCCCGGGGUCUUCAGCCUCUGUAGUGGCAGCAGCUGCUGCAGCGGCCGCAGCAUCAGGUACACCUCAGUCCCUGAAACUCACCUACCCAGAGACACUGGACCGCAUCAAGGAGGAGUUCCAAUUCCUUCAGACCCAGUACCACAGUUUAAAGCUGGAAUGUGAGAAAUUGGCCACAGAGAAGACUGAGAUCCAGAGACACUAUGUUAUGUAUUAUGAGAUGUCAUAUGGCCUUAACAUCGAAAUGCACAAACAGACGGAGAUCGCCAAACGGCUCAACGUGAUCUGUGCACAGCUCAUCCCAUUCCUGUCGCAGGAGCAUCAACAGCAGGUGGUCCAGGCUAUGGAGCGCGCCAAACAGGUGACCAUGGGGGAGUUAAAUGCUUCGAUAGGGGUACGUGGGCUCCCCCCUCUGCCUCAUAGCCAGCAGCUCCAGGCGCAGCACCUCUCCCAACAUGCAGGGGGUUUGCCUGUGGGCCCACACCCCUCAGGCCUGCCCCACCCCGGCCUGGCUCUGGGCGGGGGCUCUGGCCUGCUGGCUCUGUCUGGAGCCCUGGGGGCACAGCUUGCUGCCAAAGAUGAGCGAGCACACCUGGAGGCAGCUGCAGCCGCUGCUGCUGCAGCAGAGCACCACAGAGACCGUGAAGCAGGGCCAAGCUCUCUGUCCAAUGGGGAUAAGGGUCGGCCUUCGGACUACCUCAGCAAUGGCAAGAAGAGGAAAGCUGACGAGAAGGAGUUCAUGACGGACUAUGGCAGCGAUGCAGAUAAAAGUGAUGAUAAUUUGGUUGUGGAUGAGGACCCCUCAUCUCCUCGCAGUGUGCAGUCAUAUUCAUCCAGGGAGAAUGGAUUGGACAAAAUGCCACCGUCUCGUAAAGAAGGCCCUCCGCAAGCCAGCCCCACAUCUCUCGCUUCUUCCAGCAGUGCCACCUCCCCAUCACGCGGCAAAGAACCCCCACAGAGGGAGAAGUCUAGCACCCCAGGUAUGAAGCCAGGAACACCCAUGUCUCAAGAGUCGAACACCCCCGGGCCAAGUGGACCACCUCAGUUCAGGCCGGUCCCGGGUAAACCUGGAGUUGACCCCCUUGCUCUUGGCCUGAGGAACCCUCUGGCGGUUCAGGGAGCGUACCCCCCUGGGGCAUUUGGCCUGCCUCCUCCAGGGGUGAAUGGAGAUCUGCCCGGGGCGGCGGGCUACGGCGCAGGGCUUCACCUGGUCUCCCCCCAGAUGAACGGAGCAGCAGCAGCAGCAGCUGCUGCCGCAGGCUAUGGCCGCUCCCCUGUGGUGGGCUAUGAGUCCCCACACCCACACAUGAGAGUCCCUGGGCUUCCUGCCAGCCUGCAGUCUGCCUCUGGAAAACCAGCAUACUCGUUCCAUGUGAGUGCGGAUGGGCAGAUGCAGCCUGUGCCCUUCCCCCCUGACGCCCUGCUGGGUCCGGGGAUCCCUCGACAUGCGCGGCAGAUCCACACCCUGAGUCACGGAGAGGUGGUGUGUGCGGUCACCAUCAGCACCUCCACCCGCCAUGUCUACACUGGAGGCAAGGGCUGCGUCAAGGUGUGGGACAUCAGCCAACCGGGCAGCAAGAGCCCCAUGGCACAGCUCGACUGCUUGAAUCGGGAUAACUACAUCAGAUCCUGCAAACUUCUUUCUGACGGGCGAACUUUAAUAGUUGGUGGUGAGGCCAGUACACUGUCCAUCUGGGAUCUGGCCACACCCACUCCUCGCAUCAAGGCGGAGCUUACGUCAUCUGCUCCUGCCUGCUACGCUCUGGCCAUCUCCCCUGACAACAAAGUGUGCUUCUCCUGCUGCAGUGACGGCAACAUCGUGGUCUGGGACCUGCACAACCAGACUCUCGUCAGACAGUUCCAGGGCCACACAGAUGGAGCGAGCUGCAUUGAUAUCUCUAAUGACGGCACCAAACUGUGGACGGGCGGACUGGACAACACUGUCCGCUGCUGGGACCUCCGAGAGGGACGCCAGCUCCAGCAGCACGACUUCACCUCACAGAUCUUCUCCCUGGGCUACUGUCCCACGGGUGAGUGGCUGGCUGUGGGAAUGGAGAGCAGUAAUGUGGAAGUCCUUCAUGUCUCCAAACCUGACAAGUACCAGCUGCACCUCCACGAGAGCUGUGUCCUCUCUCUAAAGUUCGCCUACUGUGGUAAAUGGUUUGUGAGCACGGGCAAAGAUAACCUCUUGAAUGCAUGGCGGACCCCAUACGGCUCCAGUAUAUUCCAGUCAAAGGAGUCUUCAUCGGUCCUCAGUUGUGACAUUUCUCCUGAUGACCAGUUUAUUGUCACUGGCUCGGGAGACAAGAAGGCAACAGUGUAUGAAGUCAUCUACUGAACAGCUACUAAUAUAUCAGGGGCGGGACCUAAGCCUAUCUGCACCAAUGACUGUAAAGGGCAAAAUAUGGCAUCAAAGCAAGAGACACUGAACUUUUGUUUUGUGAAAGACAGACAGGAACAUCAAGUGACAUCCCUCUGAAAAGAAAAACAUUGCUCUACAUGGCUCACUGUAGCUGUGGGACUGUGGGAUUCCUCCAAAGAACUUAAAUUUUUGUUCCUUUUUUUGUUUUGUUUUUGUUUGGUUUUUUUACAAAAUAAAACCUCUGUAGUGAUGAUGAAAUUAGCAAAAGAAAUAUUUUUUUAAACUUUUGUUUUUCUUCAAAUGAUCGGACCACUUUGAAUGAAGAGAUAAACAUAAGAUGACAGAGACUGAAUAUGUUGGAGCAUUGCUAAACUCCUGCUGGAUAACCACUAUUAUGUUCUGUGCUGUAGAGCUCCCAGUGCGGACAUGUUGCUUUGGUCCAAAUGAUGCAAAAUGACUGUACUCUGCUGUCAGUGUUACUUUAAAAGUGACUUAUGAGAUGUUUAUCGACAGAAAAUCCACAUUGAAGAGGACAAAUCAGACUUUUUGGGGUUUGGGGAUGUGGCCUCCAAUCAUCUUCACCUUCAAUAUUAAAUGUGUUUUAUUGUCUUUGUUAUGGCACAUAAACAGGGAUUUACAUGAUUAAACCAUGGACUUUGACUUUGC